CCGGCCUCGGCCCUGCGAGCGGCGCCUUUCCUCCUUCGCUCGCUCCCUCCCUCCCCGCCCCGCUCCUCCUUCUCCUCCGCCCGCUCCUGCACGCUCGGGCUCCGGCUCUGGCGCCGGCUCCGGCUCCUCCCGGCCGCCCGGGGCCAAGGAGACGUGAGGUUGUAAAAAUCCAUGUGGGACGGCCCCGGGGCGAGCAUCAGAAAGAUCUCUGUUUGGAUGCAUUUUCUAGUACAGACUAUGAAAAGAAUGCAGUGAAAAUUCUGGCCAACGGUGGAAACAUUGGCUUAAUCUCCAACUUAAUAUAGCAUUCCUUCUCUUCUGUAGCACCUCAUAAGAAAAGAAAAAUGUAUGGAAGUGCAAGAACAAUCACGAAUCUGGAAGGUAGCCCUUCCAGAUCGCCUCGUUUGCCACGGUCUCCUCGUCUGGGCCACCGAAGAACAAGUAGUGGGGGAGGUGGAGGAACAGGCAAGACUCUGUCCAUGGAGAAUAUCCAGUCCCUUAAUGCAGCCUAUGCUACAUCUGGACCGAUGUAUCUGAGUGAUCAUGAGGGGGUGGCCUCAACAACUUACCCAAAGGGCACUAUGACUCUGGGAAGGGCCACAAAUCGAGCUGUAUAUGGAGGCCGAGUCACAGCUAUGGGGAGUAGUCCCAAUAUUGCCUCUGCUGGACUUUCCCACACAGACGUCCUUUCAUACACGGAUCAACAUGGUGGUCUGACCAGCUCAUCCCAUCAUCACCACCACCAGGUCCCUUCCAUGUUGAGGCAGGUAAGAGAUAGCACCAUGUUAGACCUUCAAGCCCAGCUAAAGGAACUUCAGAGAGAGAAUGACCUCCUACGAAAAGAGCUCGACAUCAAGGAUAGCAAGUUGGGAUCUUCCAUGAACAGUAUCAAGACCUUCUGGAGUCCUGAGCUCAAGAAGGAGAGAGUCUUGAGGAAAGAAGAGGCAGCUCAGAUGUCUGUCCUCAAGGAGCAGAUGAGGGUUUCCCAUGAAGAAAAUCAGUUACUGGAUGCCCGAAGAACCAAGCACCUUCAGUUGACAAUCCAGGCCCUUCAAGAUGAGCUGCGAACCCAGAGAGACCUCAACCACCUCCUGCAGCAAGAGAGUGGCAACCGAGGAGCAGAGCACUUCACCAUCGAACUGACGGAGGAGAACUUCCGGCGGCUCCAAGCUGAGCAUGACAGACAGGCUAAGGAGCUGUUCCUAUUGAGGAAGACCUUGGAGGAAAUGGAGCUGAGAAUCGAAACGCAGAAACAGACCCUCAAUGCCCGAGACGAGUCUAUUAAAAAGCUUCUUGAGAUGUUGCAGAGUAAAGGUUUGCCGUCCAAAAGUCUUGAGGAUGACAAUGAACGGACACGUCGGAUGGCAGAGGCUGAGUCUCAAGUCAGCCACUUAGAAGUGAUUUUAGACCAGAAAGAGAAGGAAAACAUACAUCUUAGAGAGGAAUUACACCGAAGAAGCCAACUUCAGCCGGAGCCAGCCAAGACGAAGGCUCUCCAGACUGUCAUUGAAAUGAAGGAAGCUCCGAGUUUUAAUUUUGAUCCUGAUUUGGUCUGGCAGGACACAAAAAUCGCUUCAUUGGAGCGAAACAUAAGGGAUCUUGAGGAUGAGAUCCAGAUGUUAAAAGCCAAUGGUGUGUUGAACACUGAGGACCGUGAAGAAGAGAUAAAACAAAUAGAGGUUUACAAAAGUCACUCCAAGUUCAUGAAAACCAAGAUUGAUCAGCUGAAGCAGGAGCUUUCAAAGAAAGAGUCAGAACUUCUUGCCUUACAAACAAAGCUUGAAACUCUUAGCAAUCAGAAUUCAGAUUGCAAGCAACACAUUGAAGUGCUUAAAGAGUCACUUACUGCCAAAGAACAGAGAGCUGCCAUUCUUCAGACUGAGGUGGAUGCACUGAGAUUACGGCUAGAAGAGAAAGAAUCUUUUCUCAAUAAAAAAACGAAACAGCUGCAGGACCUCACAGAAGAGAAGGGGACACUGGCUGGAGAGAUUCGAGACAUGAAGGAUAUGUUAGAAGUGAAGGAGAGGAAAAUCAAUGUUCUUCAGAAAAAGAUUGAGAAUUUACAAGAACAACUUAGGGAUAAAGACAAGCAACUGACCAAUCUGAAAGACAGAGUGAAGUCCUUGCAGACUGAUUCCAGUAACACAGACACUGCGCUGGCGACUCUCGAGGAGGCUUUGUCAGAGAAGGAAAGAAUAAUUGAGCGUUUGAAAGAACAAAGGGAGAGAGAUGAUCGGGAAAGACUAGAAGAGAUAGAAUCAUUCCGAAAAGAAAACAAAGACCUGAAAGAGAAGGUCAAUGCUUUACAAGCUGAACUGACUGAAAAAGAGUCUAGUUUAAUUGACCUCAAGGAACAUGCAUCUUCAUUAGCCUCAGCAGGGCUGAAAAGGGACUCCAAAUUAAAAUCUCUAGAAAUAGCCAUUGAACAAAAGAAAGAAGAAUGUAGCAAAUUGGAAGCACAGUUAAAAAAGCAAGCUGAGCAGUUGUUCAAUCAGAUGUACAACCCAGCUCAUAAUAUUGAAGAUGACUCCAGGAUGAACCCGGAAUUUGCAGACCGAAUAAAACAGCUUGACAAGGAGGCGUCUUACUACCGUGAUGAGUGUGGCAAGGCCCAAGCAGAAGUUGACCGGUUGCUGGAGAUCCUCAAGGAGGUGGAGAAUGAAAAGAAUGACAAGGACAAGAAAAUUGCAGAACUUGAGAGCUUGACUCUCAGGCAUAUGAAGGAUCAAAACAAGAAGGUGGCCAACCUGAAGCACAAUCAACAGUUGGAAAAAAAGAAGAAUGCCCAGUUACUGGAAGAAGUCCGCAGGCGAGAGGAUAGCAUGGCUGACAACUCUCAGCAUUUGCAGAUAGAAGAACUGAUGAAUGCGCUGGAGAAGACCAGGCAGGAACUGGACGCCACCAAGGCUCGCCUUGCCGCCACGCAGCAGUCCCUGGCCGAAAAAGAGGCACACUUGGCCAACCUCCGGAUAGAGAGGAGGAAACAGCUGGAGGAGAUCCUGGAGAUGAAACAGGAAGCACUUCUUGCGGCAAUCAGUGAGAAAGAUGCGAACAUUGCCUUGCUGGAACUGUCUGCCUCCAAAAAGAAAAAGACACAAGAAGAAGUCAUGGCCCUCAAGCGGGAAAAAGAUCGACUAGUGCAUCAGUUAAAGCAGCAGGUUUAUAGACCUAAGAAACAGCCCCUGACCUCGAACAUACCACGCACUUGUGAUGCUAGCUACAGCCCAGAUAUUACGGCCAAGUACCACGGGUCCAGCUACGAUGCGUACAUGAUCCAAAGGUCUCAGACCCAGAACAGGAUGAAGCUGAUGGCGGACAGCUAUGAGGAGGACCACCACCACUUCCACCACCACCACCACCACCACCACCACCGCUCUCCCGGGAGGUCGCAGCACUCCAAUCACAGGCCCUCUCCUGACCAGCUAUCAGAAGGGCUGACUAAAGGGCACGCGCAGCUCUGCAGCAAUAUUCUGAUAAUCUAUUGCAGUGCAGCUCACAUCACUGUUCACCACCACCUGGAGCGCUCAUGGAGACUGAAGAGGAGCUUUCACUUCCAUCACUGAGCAUGGCUCUGUUCGGCUCAGUGUUUCCUUCAUCAUCUCAUGUCCUUUCCCAUGGAUUCAGACACGUUGGAGAGGAGAAUGUGGAGGAGGAGGAGACAAUGGCAGGUCCUCCAUUUUUUGGUCGGGAUUCGGGCAUUUAAAAUGUGUUCAUCUCUUCUGAAUGUCAUUAUUUGAUAACAUUUUACUUCUGUUACUUAAACAUCACUGGAUGAAUCUGAACUCCAUGGGAUCAUAACUGUGGAUUCAGCUUCUGUUGGACAACUAGCUUCAUCUCCCGUCUCUCUGCUGGUUCAGUCUGAGUGGUCAUCUCUAAUGCAUUAGAUUAUCAAAAAGUGUGAAUUCUGUGAUUGAGUGAGUGGUGCUGGCAGUGUUUGUAUACUGAGAUGCAUGGAGUGUUUGACAGAGAAACCAAAGCACCAAAAAUGGUGAGCCUUUACCCUCCUCUAUUUCUUUAAUCUGCGAUUUGAAGAACCACAUUUUGAUGGUGGAACCAGUCGUUACCUCUGGGCCAGGUUGGAAAUGAAAUCAAUUUUUUAAACCACUAAUACUUGCCAAGAAAUCGCCUUAUGAGAACAUGGUGUGUGUCUCUGACAAUGCAUGGCACAUCUAAAUUGAUCAUUCAUAGUUCUAUUGACCCUGUGUUUGUACUAGGGAGUGGCUGGAGCCUGAGGCACCUGCGUAUUUCUGUCCCAUGGGUGUUACACAUCACCCACAGUGGGGUCACCGCCGAGCCUCAGACUCUCGCCAUCCCCGUACAUGCAGGUCUCCACGAAGAAGCUGGGACUCAUUCAUACUCAAAAUCCAAACGCUGUCCAGACAGCGAGUGUACGCUUAGAUCUUCUGUAAAUGAAAGGUCAUUUGUCAUUUUUUUUUUUUGAAAAAAAGUCUCCAACAUGGAUUCCAAAACAUUUUCAGCAUCAAACAUGAAAACAUUGAUGAAUGAGGAAUAAUCACAAAAGCUAUGUAUCUGUAUAUAGCUCUACACAACAUGUUUGUGGUACAGAGUCAUUAUUUAAAGCACAUGCCAGGGAGAGAGACCACAUUUUCAGGUCUUUUACAUACAGUGACAUGGUCCUGAGGAGAAUUAAACUCCUCCUGCUUCCUCUGAGAUUAAAAAAAAAAGAAAUAAAGUUGUUGUAACUUCAUAAAACUCAUGACCGAGUCUGGAAAACAUGUGCAACUCUUGUAUUGAUCCAUUUCCUUGUCAAUGAAAGAAACCCUUCCACGUGUAUGCAAGUGGGGGAUGAAAAUCUGCAUUUCUAAAGGACAAACAGUGAAUUUAAGCAUGAGUGGCCUUAAUAAAUAUAGUUGUCUUUUUUUGCUGCUGUGGAAAGGAUUCUAAGGAGAUGUUCCUAAAGUCUUGCAUUGAAUUUAGUUGUUACUAUUACUUCUUAAAAUGUUGGUGCAAUUAACUCUGGACCUCUCUUGUGAGCCAUAGAGAUAUUUAAAAGUCAGACACCUUAUUUAUCUAUCUGAGAAGACGAAGCUGUGUCUGGGUUGCGCUGUUCAUCCUUGGUGCAUUAAGAGUAGUAUAUUCAAGCAGGUUUCUCGCUUCUGGCUUUGUUCUUGUCCUAAGUAUUGCGCAUUGUGUAAAACUUUCAUGUUGCACAAGCAAUCCAAAUACAUUCAUGUUUAAUAAGUUUGUCCUUUAACUAUCAAGGCAAUCUAGGUCUUGACUGGAGAAACGAGCAGAGUUCUUUGCAAAAGUUAUUUCACACAUUUUGACAUAAUGCCGCCCUGAAAACCCAGGCCUCCUCCAACUCAUGGCUGUGAACAGUUUGAGCAUCCUUAAACAGGCGGCCUCACUGCCUGCUACAGCCUGAUCCUGAUCUGAACUCUGCCACUGAAUACUUGAAGUAGGAAAGCCACUAGGCAGUGGGUGUCCUAGAAGCAGAGAAAGCAACCGACCAUGAAUAGUUAGCGAUUUCCCAGUAUGUGCCAAUUCUGCCCCAGCUGUUGUUUUGAGGGCUCAUUUUUGCCCCACUUUUGUUUGCCUAAAGUAUUACUGAUGUUCCUUUUAUGGGACAAUUAUCAUUUAGUUCCUUAAAAAUUAAAUUAUGUCUAACGUAGCAUCUUUCCAUUAUGUAUCAUGUAAUAUUCUCUGAUGUUGAGGGGCUACCAAAAAAUUCCCUUUUCACAUAUUAAAAAUAGUUUGUGUUUACAGCAAACAACUGUGCUGUUGGGAAGACAUUUCCUUUGCACAGACUUUAGCAGGUUUCCCCCUUGAUCAUAAUCAAGUUGAGAAAGUUGAGGCUGACAUUUAGGAGAAGUUGGUCUUCUUGCUUUGUGCAAAAGCAAGCUUGUACUUUAUACCCUGUUUGAUUUCAAUGUACAGUCUCGAUUUUGUAUUUAAUGAUUUUUGUGUAUCCAGUAUGCACGUUAACAGCGUGUCAACUUUCAUUUAAAAGUGGGUUUCCAUUUACUUUUUAAACAGUGUUCAUGACAAGACCUCAAAUGUGUUGACAUAAGCUCUAUCUGAGAUGUUUUUGUGUUGAGUGGCGUUUGAAUGCUGCCAGGGGUCAGUGUAUCUAAUUCCCAGAGACCCUCGUUUGAUAGUGCUUCUUGUAAUAUUUCUCCAAGUGAGUGGCAUGUGGGUUGUGAUAUUGACCAUGUGAUUAUGGACUUCGAUAUGAAAAAAAUAAAUAAAUAAAACUAAGGAACCCUCAGAAACUACCAGUGGGCAUGUAGUAGCCAGUCAUUGUAACCUUGUGUCUAGUAGAAGUACAACGUACAAGGUAUGUACAGUUCAUACAUUUGUUAUCAUGUGUAUGAGAAGUACUUUGUGCUGAUCGCCUUAUUUAUAUUCAUCAAAUAAACUUUGUUUCUUUCUGAA